AUGGAGACUUCACCAGAUAAGAGAGGACCAGAAACACUGGGACAACAUGUGGGAUUAUCCGAGACCACACCCUUGAUUGAGCACGGAGUGGACUCAAGCAGGUAUCAUGACCAGCACUACGAACCAGAGAGCAACGCAAAUCUACUUGGUGCCAGCGCACCAGGUGUUGCCCGUAUCGAAUCUUUUUCCUCGAGACUCUCCGCGAUGGAACAGGGAUAUAUAUUGACGGGUAUCCUCAUCAUCGGCUGGUCUUAUGGUCUGGAUGGUCUCUUGCGGUCAACGUAUCAGUCCUAUGCAGCAUCGAGUUUCGGCGUACACACGCUCCUAUCGACGAUAAAUGUACUGAGGAGCGUCAUCGCGGCUGCUGUUUACCCCCCUGCUGCCAAAUUGGCUGAUGUUUUUGGCCGGUUCGAGCUUAUAGCGGUGUCGGUUGUAUUCUAUAUUAUCGGAACUGUUAUUGAGAGCACAGCGUGCUCAAUUCAAGCAUUCAUUGCUGGAGCGACACUAUACCAGACAGGAUAUACAUGUAUCAUUUUGCUGGUUGAAGUAAUCAUUGCCGAUAUCACGUCUAUGCGUUCCCGUGUCUUCUUCAGUUAUGUUCCCGCGCUACCGUUUCUGUUCAACACCUGGAUCAGUGGGAGUCUUGCUUCUGCAACGUUGAAAAUAACGGACUGGCGCUGGGGUAUUGGCAUGUGGGCACCUGUAUAUGCCGUUUCUGCGACUCCAUUGCUGGUUGGGCUAUACAGGACGAGUCUUUAUGGCAAGACCAGCGGUGAUAGCCAUGAUGAAACUCUCCAGUCGACACUCCGUGUAAAAGCCGUCGAGAUCUAUCACCAGCUGGAUAUCAUCGGUAUAAGCAUCAUGAUGGCCGUAUUGAUCCUCAUCCUGACACCCCUCACCCUAGCAGAGGGCCAACUCUCUCAAUGGCGCAGCCCCAGCAUUAUCACUCCAUUAAUCCUUGGCUGCUUAUGCAUACCCGCCUUUAUCUACUGGGAAACAUACGGCGCCAAAAACCCCUUCAUCCCAGGCUACCUUCUUAAAGACCGCGGCGUGGGAACCGCUCUCGCCGUACGCUGUCUCCUCAACAUCGCCUGGGCCGUGCAGGGGAAUUACCUCUACACAGUACUCAUUGUCGCAUUCGACUUCUCCGUCUCGCUGUCAACGCAAGUCUCCUCAUUCUUCACCUUCUUCGGCGUCAUCAGCGGCUUAAUCAUCGGCGUGGUUAUCUUCCGCGUGCGAAGACUGAAAUCCUUCAUCGUCACGGGAACAGUCCUUUUCCUGAUCUCUUUCAUCCUCCUGAUAAAAUUCAACAGCGGUACGUCCCAAAGCGCAGCAACCGGAAUGCUCAGCGCACAGAUCCUAUUGGGUCUUGCAGCGGGUUUCUGCGCGUACCCAACACAAGCUUCUAUCCAAGCGACAACGAGCCACAAACACGUCUCCGCAUUGACGGGUCUUUACCUCGCGUCCUUCAAUAUUGGGAAUGCACUAGGAACUUGUCUUUCAGGGGUAAUAUGGUCCGAGAAUCUCCUUCCAACACUCGAAUCGAACUUGAGUUUUCAAUCAAACACGACACUUGCACGGGAGAUAUACAACUCUCCGUUCGAGGUUGUUCCGAGCUACCCUGUUGGCACGGAAAUACGGUCUGCUAUUAUCGAUAGCUAUGGACAUGUGGAGAGUGUGCUUUGUGUUGCGGGAGCUUGUUUGUGCGUGCCGAUGAUCGGGUUUGCGUGCGCGAUGAUGAAUCCGAGGUUGUCGAGUGGGCAGAGUCAGCCGGAGGCUGAGAGGGAUGGGUAA